UUAAGUAUUUAAGUAGAGUUAUUAGUUAUUUAAUACAUUUAUGCAGCAAUUGUCAGUGAUAAUUAAUAAGAGACAAUUUUGUGAUAAACAUUACACAAUAUUAAAAUAAUAUCAAUUAAAAUUAUCUGUCAUAAAUAAGCUUAUAAUUAUAAGUUAAAAUGAAGUUAUUUAUUUUAUUCGCGUUUUAUUUAAUGAUUAUAGAAACCUCUCAGAUGGAUUGCUAUUGCGCGAAUCAAAAAAUCAUUAAAUAUAAUGAAUUGGUAGAAGAUUUGAUCAUUUGUCUUGAAAAAUUACCAAAGACUAAUAACACAUAUGCUAACAUUGAUCAACUAAAGGGACAUGUAAAUGAUUAUACGAUGAAGUAUAAAAUUGUAAAAAAUAAUACAGAAAAAAUAAAGGAAUUAGAUAAUGAAUUGGCUGGAAGUAUUUGUUGCUCAAAUCAAAUCGACCAAAAUUUGAUGAAUAGUAUAUUAAAAUGCAUAGAAACAUUUCGUGAAAACUUGUAACAAUAUAGUAAAAUAACUCUCUUAUAGAAUUGUGUAAUGCAACCGCGAUGUCUGUUAUAAUAGGAACCAAAAAGAUUUAAAAUAUUAAUCAUAUAAAUACUAAUUAUAGUUAUUAAAUUUAGUAUGAAAUUGAUAUUCAAUAAUUUAAUAUUAUAAUUUAUACGGAGAAAUUAUAAAAAUAAUAAAAAAGUUAUAUUUUGCUUUACU